GUCCUCCAGCUCUCGUAUCGUCAACACACUUGCUCCAGCUAUGUUUCUCAAGGUGUUGGUGGGCGUGGCAGCGGUGGUGAUGUGUGUGGUGGCUGAUGGCGUGGGCUACGAUGGUGGACAUGUGCACUAUGCACCCAUUCCCUACGACUUCGGCUACGGCGUGGCCGACCAGUACACUGGCACAGACUUCGGCCAUACAGAGCACUCAGACGGGAACGUGGUGAAAGGGCGCUAUUACGUGCGCCUUCCUGACGGUCGUAAACAGAUUGUCACGUACACCGCUGAUCACCACAAUGGAUACCAGGCCCAGGUGUCAUACGAGGGACAUGCCCUCCACCACGUUGCUGCUCCCGUUUAUGGCUAACUUGAAACAUUACCAAGGAAUAACUCAUCUUCAUUCAUAUUAUGACUGAUCUAAUCUACAGUAUAUGCAAUCAUUCAGGGUUAAAAUCUUGCCUAUUUCUAGCCAUGAUCCGAGUCUUUUUGCUUGUGUUCGUGUACAACUGUCUUCAGUUGAUUAUAUCCAUUUGGAUAUAUCUUCAUCAGUCUAUGACAAGAUUUAACCCUCACCAUGUUUCCACUUAUUUAAAUCCACCCGUUCUUGCUUAUAUUGUACGAUACUGUAUACUAUAUCUGAAUUUAAAUUAAUUUAUAGUAGUACUAUAUACCAUUAUCAUCUGUCUCUGACUACAUCAAUUUACAAUACAGUACUGUACUGUACGUGCAUAUUUUUAAUCCUUAUUUUGGAUCCUCCUGUGGCCUUUACCUGGCAGUUUGGUGUUCAUGACUGUCAACAGCGAUAAGGUUGAUGAUGUCUCUAGUCUUUGAUUGUCCAACAGACUUCAUUCCUGUGUUUACACAAUGGCUUCUUAGCUGCAGGUUUUCUUACCAAUAAAGUAGCAGAAACACUUGGUAUGUUGUGACAUUUUAUAAUUUUCAUUGUCAAUCAGGCCUACCUAAUUUAAUUAUGACCCUUUAAUUGCCCUUUAUUUCUUAUUUUCAUGUUAUCUGUACUGUACAGUACUGUACUAUACAGUAUAGAACAUGACCAUAUCUAUUGCUAAAUUGUUGCCUAUUACCCUGUAUUCAACUUUUGAUUCAUAGCAAUACUAUUUAUAUUCAUACAUCCUGUCAUUUACAAGCUUUGAUCAAGUGUGAUAUUACUGACUAAUAUUUGUUCAACACUGAAUGUGCAUUGAUAAUGCAUAGCCUGUUUAUGGUGCAGUACGUAUAUAUGAAUCAGAAUGAUA